AUGUCAAAAAGAGUUAGUAACGCAGUACGUUACAAGAAUCCAUUGCCUAUACACCCACUAGAGUUACCAGAGUUAAUCAUUCAUAAUCCUGUAUCCUGGGUAUAUUGGACUUAUUGUUAUAUUACUGGUUGUAAUACUUUACAGCAUAAGAUACAUGUAGAUAUUGUAAAUAAUGGAAUUGUACAUAUUGAAGUUAGGAAUCAAGAUGAUAUGAAGUACCUAUGGGAAAAUGGAUUUUUUGGAACAGGACAAUUAUCAAGAAGUGAGCCAACGUGGUAUAAUCAUAUGCAAUCAAGAUUUCAGAGUGAAGAAAAUGGAACUGCUGAUAAAAAAAUUAGUCUUGAACAAGUUACAAAAUUUAGAAGACAACAAAGAACAGAAUUUAAGAAACAGCGUGAGCUAGUUGAAGCUAAACUUUUGAACUUGAGAAAGAAAGGUGAACUUUCGCCUGAAGAAGAAACACGAAUAUUGGAACAAGAAAGAGAGAAAUUGAGAAAAUUUAAAGAUGAUCAAUUAGCAUUACACUUACUGAAAGAAAAUCGUAACGAUAAUUUAGAAGAGCAGGAACGAUUAUUAAUCCAGGAAGCUGAAGUAAUCAAUGAAAAUGGAGAAAUUAGACAGUUAGAGUCCCUUGAAUUGAUGCCGGUAGAGACGUUAUUCUUAAGUUUUGCUCUAGACGUUCUGGAUGUUACUCCUUCUGAUUUUAUCAUAAAACAUUGCAUGGAUAAUUCAUUUGACUAUACUGAUGAAUUACAUAAAUUAUUAAUUCAAUACUCAGCUUAUCAUCAUUACAGAUCACACGGCUGGUGUGUAAGAUCCGGAAUUAAAUUUGGUAGUGACUAUAUAUUGUACAAACGUGGCCCACCUUUUCAACAUGCAGAUUUUUGUGUGAUGGUUCUAGAUUCAAAUUGUUCGAAACCAUAUACAUGGUACUCCACUAUGGCGAGAGUAUGUGGUGGUGCGAAUAAGACCUUGUUACUUUGUUACGUCGAACGUAUUAAUUCAAAAGAACAAAUACUGCAAUACAUAAGGCAAGGCCACAUAAGUAAAGCUUUCAACAGUUUCACGGUAGGGGAAGUCAUAUACAAGAGGUGGGUACCUGGUAAAAAUCGUGAUUAA